AACAAAGUGGGAGUACAAAAAAGAGGAGUUUUUCAAUUUUGUAGCGUCGUUUUUUGUACGCAAAUAUAUAUAUUUUCUAAUGGCGCCGCCGCCCAAGGUAGUUGUGGACCAAGCCAACGCCAGCGCCCGCAGCAAUGGCAGCAGCAACAACAACUCGGUGGGCGGGGCAACCGGUGCGGUGCCUAAACAACAAACGCCCGUAAACGGAGCACCCACGUCCGGAUCGAGUGCAGCCGCGACAUCUAGCCGGUCGGCCCGCUCCCGCCGGCAGCAGGAGCACCUGGGCGAACCGGACCUGGACCUUGUGGAGCCAGAGACGCUGCAGCGGGAGACGCUGAAAACUCUGAAUGAUCUCCUACACCGAGCACGCAUCACCAACGCCAAGAAUCGAUCGCCGGCGGAGCAGCAGCUGUCUAGCAAGGAUCACAAGUCACCUGCACAACAGCAGCGCGAGGCACUGCGUCAGUUGGCCGCCGAACACGGCACCUACGAUACAGCAGAGCAAUUGCAGGAACAGCAGCAGCGCUAUCGAUUCCCCGUCCGUCCUGUCCAGAGGGUUCAGCACCAGCCAUCCUCGUCAGCUAAUAGCACAGGCGCCCCCUCAUCUUCGUCAGCUUUGCUGCGUUUGCGUCAAUCGACGCCCCCGAAUGCCACAGUAGGUGUAGUCAUACCGAACGCAACUACAAGCAACGGAAACGGCAAUUUGAGUGGCAACGAGGAGCAGGCACCGCCACUGACACCCGCUGGACUGCAACAACUCGUUCACCGAGUCCUUGGUGUACACCAUUUUGCUCCCAGAACCGAAGGUUUUCGCUCGCAGGUUGACGUGCUACGCGCCCUGCUAGGAUUAGACGAGAACCUGAAUAGCAGAUAUCAACCGAGUAGAAAAGUUGUAGAGACGAACUACAUGGUGCACGAAAUCAACCCAAAUUCGGAUCAGGGUGAGGGCGUGGUCAAUUCGACCAGCCUGGAGGAUGUUGCAUUAAGCGAGAUGAGCGACAACCGCGCCCAAUCCAUUCAGAGCCUACACAGCGUCUUGGAAACGCCCACGCCCGAUACCACGCCCAGCUUCGAUGAGUUGCAGCAGCGCUUGGAAGCCUCCAAUAGGAACAUGCAGCACCUGCACGACGAACAGGCGAAGCUGCUACAAAUCCAAAAUUUGGCCAAAUCUCACCUUAACGAGAUGGAGCGGAUGCGCCAGCAAGCCGAUAGCUUGCCCCACAAUGUCAAUGGGGGAGAGGCACCGAAAUACGAGUCUGUGCAGCAGGUACAGGACGACAUGGCGUCUCUGGUGGGGCGCAUGAAGAAUCUCACCGCCUUUAUACACAACCAGAACGAACUGAGCACGGUGCUUGGCGAUGAUGGGCCCGAGAUCCUGGCCGAGCAGGAAGCCCUGCAGGAGAAACUGGAAUCGCUGCGCACUCAACGUGAGGAUAUGCGCAACCUGGUGGACGAACUAAACAGCAUCAACCGUACGGCCAGGGAGACGGCUAGAGUCAUCAAAGAGAAAGGGGAGACUCCCACGCCUCCUCCCAAGCCAGAAUCGGCCCCAGAGCCUCCCAAGGAGCGUGUUGUUCCUGUGGAGUAUCAGAGAAACGUACCCAUCAUACGCCAGGAGGCGGCCAACGCCGCCCAACGGGCACUUCACGCACAGGCAAUGAUCAACCAGAAGACGGCUGAUAUAGAAGCACUCAAGGCUCAGAUGGCGAGACUAAAGGGAAUGCUGUACACUGUUAGCCAGAUUGAGGAAAGUACCCCCAGCAUGGGCUCCACUUUGGAGCGGCGUAGUGAGGAAAGAACUAGCGUGGAGCGCGAAUUGCCGGCUGAGAUUGCCCAUCGCGUAUUCGCUCUGAACGAUGUUACGAGCGAACUGCGAGCGGAAGCAGCCAGCUUGCAAAAGGAGCGUGACCGUAUCCUAGCCCUGAAGGCAGAGAUCGAGCGACGCAAACAACAGGCGGCCGCCGCUGUUCAAAUGGGAGAUGAUGCACUUAAAAGAAGCAGUCUUACCCCAACACCUACCCCCAUGAGACAGCAGCGGAUGACCGAGGAAGAGGAUCCGUCCGAGAUGGAUACUUCCCUUCAGGCUACGCCCACCAAGGAACAACUGCGAGAUGAACUGCGCUCGCAGUGCGAGCGGCUGCGAAAGGAGUACGAGCAGAAGCAGCGGGAACUGGAGCAGCGCUACGUAGCCAGCAACAACACCACAUCGGAGGCGGAUGACGAGGGAAACGACGACACUGACAGCGAUAAGUACUUCGCCAACGUACGUACCGCUUCGUCAGCGACACUAAAGAGGUCUCCAUCUGCCAACACAGUGGUGGAGCAACGACGCGGUCAGCAAACUAGCGUUACCCCACAGCAAGCACAACCACCACCGCCUGCUCCUCCGUCGACGCUAAACGAAGAUGAUCUGAAUGUAACACUUGAUACGCUAUCCCUGGGAAAUGACAGCAUACCCUCCAGCAGCAAUAGAUCGCAGUACAUGCCGCCCCCCAUGCAACCAGUGCCUGGAAUGUGGGCAGCAUCACACAACUCUGGAAGUUCGUGGCAUGGACAGCAGCCCGUUUACGGUCAGCCGAGCUCCAGCGCCGGCACAGAGUUUAAGAAGCUACCAGCUGGCCAACAAGUCGGCUCCUCAAAUGGCUCCGGAUCGAACGCAUCUACCGACGCAGUUCUGCUGCAGCAGUUCAUGCAGACGCAGCAAAUGCUUAUAAACUCUGUGUGCCAGUGCAACCAGGCACUGUGGCAUCAGCAGCGCGAGAUUGACAACCUCAACCACCAGCUACAUACGCUCCAGGAUCGAUUUAAUGUUGUAGCAUGCCAGGAUCACAGCUUCGGCUUGCGCUCGGAAUCAGUACCGCCUCCGGUGGGCCCUGGAAUGGGUCAGAUGCCCAACAAUCUGUGCCUGGGCAGCAGUCGAGCUCAAUCUGAGCAGCUAUUUAACUUUGGUGCCCACCAGAGCGCCUUUAGUAACUACCAGCGCAGCUGUCAUCGUAGCGGGGCAGAAUCGCAUCAUCAUCAACAGCAACAGCAUCAGGCGCAGCCGUUCCUUAACAAUGCUGCUCCCCCGCCACCGCCGACGCACUUCAACAACGAGACACCCCUGUCGCCGCCUACUUACCGCUCAAGUCCAGGUCCCAUCUUCAUGAACCAUCACAACAACACGAUACAUCAGAACAACUCGAAUCUGCGAACCCAGAACCAGCAUGCCAACAACCUGCACUCGCUGCCCGAGGGAGCAGCUGGUGGAGGAGCACCUGGUGGCGGUAUCACAUUGAACAACCAAGUACCACCCGGAAACCGAGCCAACAACUACUGGGACAACUUCCGCAGUCAUUCGCGCCAAAAUCUCUUAUCAAAUAAAAGCAACGAGGAGCUGAACGUGGACCUCCAGCAGUACCGACGACAACGGGCACGUCCCAGCUACUUUCAGCCGCCACAGUUGCUUCCGCCGACUACGCGUGGUGGUUUGACCCACCAGCAGCAGCGUCGUCACUUUUUCGAGUCGCCACUAACCGCUUUGCAUGGCAGCAGCUCCAAUGGCAGCAAUAAUCUCAACAACAGCGGCAGUUCGGGCAGAAAACGGGACUGGCGCGAUGAUGCAGCCCACAUUCGCGACCACGACGAUGAGGAUGUGGACGAGGUGGAGGAGAACCAUGAUAACGUCAUAUUCGGCUCGGGUCGUCGUCGCAAUCGUCGUCGUCCUCAGCUUUCCACGCUGCGAGAUGAGGAGCCCGAGCAGGCUAGCUCCUCCAAUCUCAACAUGAACGUAAACUAUGGCAACAGUCCGCUGUAUCAGCGGAACAAGGUACCAGCAAAGCCCACCACUUCGACUGUGUCGCUAACUCCUCUGCAGCAGCGGCAUCUUCGUUUCGACUUCGAGCUUCCAGCUCACUACAUGGACUACAGCGAGCUACCCCAGAUAACUCUAGUGGACUCUACUCCUACGCUCGGACAAGAAGCAUCGCCCGCGGACGAAUCAAAUGCCAUGGAGCAAACCGAGGAAACGGCCUCCGAGGAACUGAAUCGAAAUCUGCUGGUUAACGCUCUGAAGAACGACAAGUUCACCACAAAGUUUUAUGAAUCAAUCAAGGAGGAUGUCUACCGCCGACUGGAGACACUCUUUGAGCAGCAGCAGCAACAACAACAGCAACAAAAUCAGCAGCUGCAGCAGCCACAGGAACCACACGGCCUGAGAAAGGCUCUCAACCAGGAGGAGAACGAACGUACUGGCGACGCGGAGGCCACCGAGAGUCGCAGUGAAACCCCGCUGGAGGUAAUGCGUCUGCAGCUAGACAACGAUCGGCCCGAGGACGAAAAAGGAACGCCAGUGAAGCAGCUAAGUGUGGGCAAUCCUCAGAACGGACAGCACCUGGAUGAAAUGGAGGACAGCGCUUCUGCUGUUACCUCUUCUUCUAGGGCCGAGAACGAAGAGAAAAUCCUCGAGGGGAAAGUAGAACAAGCCUCUGGAUCGGGAUCAGGACCAGGGACCAGCAUAGAACUGGCACCGGACCACGAACUGAUCGAGUACAUUAUCAAACGCAUUCGCAACCAGACACACAACAACACCGUCAUCAAUGACUCCCUACUGGCAGAGGUAUCAAAGCUGACGGCCACUGCUGCCCAGAAUUCGACCGCCAGCUCGCCACUGAUUUCGCCCAAACGCAUUUAUGCCAAGAUCAAAAAGAUGGACAUACCACGACAGCGGGACGAGUUCCUGCUUUGGUAUCGUUCUUAUUUGGAGCAGCUUUUUGUGGUGGAACAGCCGCAGGAUAGCUGCAAGCCCAAGACGAAGUUGGCACCUUCUGCAGCCAGUCCGGCCAAGCAGAAGAACCAGCGUGUGCGCAAGCAGUCCCAAUCCCAGUCGCAGGACUCGAAUAACGAUGCAGACUUGGCCGAGGCGGAUCAAAAGAACGUCUCCUCAUCGGGAAAUGGCGACCUGGAGUGCGAGAACAACGAAAAUCCUGGGGAGGAGGCAGAUGGCCAGGCUGCAGCGGAGCCUUCCGGCGCAGAAGAACAGGACGUCAGUCUCGAAUAGACUAGCGAAUAACCCAACAAAGCAAACAUUCCUAAUUUAAGAUGUCAUCAUCUGUACGGAUAUUUCAUAUUUCAUUUACGAAUUUCGCAAAAGAUAAAUCUUUUAUGGUCGUGUCCUUAGUCAUAGUUCGCAACUCAUUUUGUCUAUCAGUUUUUUAUUUAACAUUAAAUUAUGUAACAAUAAUAUAUAUAAAUACACUGAAAACAAGGAGGGUUUUCAAUUCAGCUAACAAUCCCUGAGAA